CUGCGAGGAGGACGCAGCCGCACGCAGCGCCGCGGUGCUCAAAGUCGCAGCCGUAGAGAGACACGCGCACAGAGAGAGCGAGAGAAAGAGACGCACAGAGAGAGAUACAACUAAAUAAAAAAUACGCCACGGCGAGCGAGUAGUAUUACAGACGACCGGCACACAAACACGACAGAUUUAUUUGCGGUUUUUUAUUUAUUAUUGGUGGUUUUGUGUGGUUAUGUUUUAAAAAAACCCACAGCCGCUUCUGUUUAAUGGGUCGCCUGUCGCGAAUAUGCCGCGCAGCACGAGGACGUUUGCCGGCGUUUAAGAUGUUUACAUUCUAGCCGUGAGCACCGCCUCAAUUGGUGGACAAGGUUAUUGUUGUUAUUUGUUGUUGUUUUCUUAACCACGACGACGAUGUCCCCGCCGCUGCACGUGGUCGCUGCGAUGAUGUUGGUGGUGAUGAUGAUGGUGGUGGGGUCCGAGGCAUCGUCAGAACACCGUCACAGCGUCCACGAUCCUCAUUCAUCAUCAGCAUCGGAGUGCCGCGACUACCGGAGCAUCAACGUGUCGGAGCGAUGCCACUUUGUCAACAGCACGCCCGACUGCAAGAUCCACGAUGGGUACUUCGACUACGUGCACAUCGCCUUCUGCAACUUCCCGGCUCGCAUGCUGCCGCUGCCCAUGACACUCUACGGCCUGUGGCUGCUCGUGCUGUUCGUCGCCACGUCCACGACCGCCGAAAACUUCUUCUGCCCGGCACUGGAGUCCAUCUCGCACUCCUUGCAUCUCAGCCACAACGUGGCAGGCGUGACGCUGCUGGCGUUUGGCAACGGCGCUCCGGAUGUCUUCAGCGCCGUCGCCGCCUUCUCCGACCCCCGCACGGGUGGCCUGGCUAUCGGGGCUCUGCUCGGCGCGGGGAUCUUUGUGACGACAAUCGUCGCCGGCAGCGUGGCGUGGGUUGACCACUUCUUCAUCCCUUCGCGCCCGUUCCUGCGUGACCUUGUCUUCUACCUGGUCGCGGUGUUCUGGACGUUCUUCGUGCUCUACCGGGGUCACAUCGACAUGGGCGAGUCAAUCGGGUACCUGGGCCUGUACGGAGGCUACGUCGCGACGGUGCUCAUUGGCAGCUGGAUUUACAAGCGGCAGAAAGCCACGUGGUUCUCGCAAGGCACGCUGCCCGAUUACGAGGGGCCUGGCAACCUCAGCGACGAUGAUUACGACGAACCUCGGCGACGUGUCGCCAGCAUUCAGCAAGUGGUGGGAGAUCUGAGCGAGAGCCUGCCACUGCUGGGUGCUCCAUCGAGCCCCACGCUGGGCUGCGGAGGGAAGCUCUACCGGUUCCUGCUUUCUUUGUCGCCGCUCGACCUCGCGGAGUGGAGGCGGCGAGGAUGCAUCUGGAAGUUUCUCAAGGUCGUCGUGCUGCCAGUGGAGCUGCUGCUGAUUCUUACGGUGCCCGUCAUGAAUGUGAUGCGUGAGGACCGCAAGUGGAAUCGCCCACUCAACUGCCUGCAGCUGAUAACGGGACCUCUGGCCGCUCUCUACUCCCUGAAUGGGGGGCUCUACUUCAUGUUACCUGUGGGUGGUGUCCUUCCCCUCUGGAGCCUGAUACUGGCUAUUGGCGGCCUGCUGGCCGUCAUUGCCUUCAUGACGACCAGCGAGCAACCGCCAGCCUUUCAACUGGCGUUCGCGGUUGUGGGCUUCGUGGUGAGCGCCCUCUGGAUGAACGCCAUUGCCAACGAAGUGGUGAACCUGCUGCAGACGUUCGGCGUUGUGUUCGGCAUCAGCAGCACCGUGCUGGGUCUCACGCUGCUCGCCUGGGGGAACAGCGUGCCCGACUUCGUGGCGGACAUCACGAUGGCAAGACAAGGCUACCCACGGAUGGCCAUCUCCGCGUGCUUUGGUGGCAUCGUCUUCAACAUCCUGGUGGGGAUUGGGCUGGGUUGCCUGCUCAGUAUGCCCCCUUCUCACGUGCAGCAGCUGGUGCCGGAUGUACCGCUGGUGUGGGUGCUGUGCGUGUCACUUGGCAUCAGCCUUGUGCUGUCCUUCGUGGCACUGCCACUGCAGGGAUUCUACCUCACGCGCAAAUACGGGGUCUGCCUCUUUGCACUUUACCUCGCUUUCCUCACCGUCGCGCUCCUCACAGAGUUCCAGAUCAUUAGAUUUUAAGUCGAUCAACAGCGCGAUUCGUGGUUUGUGUUUACGUUCACUAACGUGGUGCAAUCGGGACUUUCGUUUUCGCUUGCUUUCGCUAGCGUGCGUUAAAUUUGUCCCAGCGAAAUUAUUAUGUUUUUACUUCUGAGAUUUGACAUGCCAGUGGACGGGCGAUUUCAUGUUAUCUCCAUGCGAGAGAAUUUAGGUCACUAAUGCAAGUAGAUUUUGUUAGCCAUGAACGUAAAGAAUGUUUAAGUUGCAAGAACAUCUUUUGAAAUGUAGGGUUAGGUUUGGAUUUUAAGCAAGAUUAAACGUCUACAUUAUUUUGAAUGACACUUGAUUUGUUUAUAAUUUUGUACAAAUGGCUUGUACUGUAUUUAUAUAUGGAAAUAGCCAGUGCACAAAGCGAAAGCAAUCUAAUUGUGCUGCACAUUAACAAUUAUUGCAGUCGGUGCUGUGUUUUACGUGUUUUGAAUACUGCAGCCUAGUUUUAAGAUUUUUUUUUUAUCACCGAUGAAUGUUUUGUAUGUGUGCGAUCACUGUAUUUUUCUGCUGCAACUAUUGUAAAGCCAGCGUUUGUUUAUUUUUAAAGCCUACAAACGGUAAGGUUGCAUAACAUUUAAAAACCUGUUACUUUGUUCUGCAAAUACUAUUUCUCACACCUCACCCGAGCUGUCAGGCUCCAGGACACAUGGAUGCAUACACACAGCGUCUUGUGCCAAACUCUCGACACAUUCCUUCACUGCAAAAUGACACUAAUAGGUUGGUCUCAAACGGCAUUACCAUAGCAACACACAAAUUGACAUUUUAAAAAAAUGUCUUGGCACAUGUUUUAUUCACAAUUAAAAACAAUAUUUCCACACCUUUUUAUAAUCUGCCUAUUGAUCAAUGCAACGCCAUGUUGAAAUGUAGCAGCUCAAAUCACGAAGCUUAAGUUUAAAUACAGUAGUCAUUCACGUUCACUUGCCUGAAAGUGCUGAAGAGGAAAGUUAAAGGCAAUCUAUACAAGAAAAAUAACGGAAUUAAAAACGAAUGAACACAACUAUAAUGCAAAGUACAUACGGCAAAACUGCACUGAAAGUACAAAUCCCAUUUGUAUGAUGGCCUCAGCAGGGUUAACUUAUCAAGCUAAGGAACACAACAGUGAAAUGACAACUUCACUGACAUUUUGGAAUUGUUACUCUUACACUUUUGUUCAUUAAAGUGUCUUUCUACCAGUAAUUUUAAAUAUCAAGACGUACUCGUGUAAUAUUUAGAAACCGUUGUUUCAAAAAGAACCCUGUUUUACAGAUAAAAUUUCACAAAGAUGUC